AUGGUCGGCCCACGCAAGCGAAAGCAAGAUGCUGAGGAGGAGGAAGAGCAGCUGCAGGCUCUUCCUUCAGAUGAGAGCGCAGAAGAGGACGAAUAUGAAGACUCGGAGCCCGCAUCUGACGACGGCGAAGAGGAAGAUGAGGAUGCCGAAGAAGAAGUAGCCGCUGGUGACGAGGACGAGGAAGACGAAAAGGAAGCUGAAGCCCCUGCCGCCAAAAAGCGAAAGACAGGUCCAACCUCCAGCGCCAAAGUCGAUACUAAGAAGGCUAGUAAAGAAGAUGAUGAGGAAGAUGAAGCAGAAGAUGGCGUCGGAGAAGCAGAGGAUGAUGAAGAGGAAGAUGACGAGGACGCAGAUGCAGACGAAGAUGAUGCCGACGAGGCUGCCGAAGACACAGCCAAAUCUGGCGGUCCUGCAGCAGCGGCAAAGAAGAAUGUCGGUGGUAAAGUGCCUAAGGAGGCAGACCUGGAAGAGGUUGAAGACGACGAGUGA